AUGCAGGGAGAGCACACCCACACCAGGUGCUGGGUGUGUGUGCUGAGCUGCCUCCUGCUGGCUUGUUGCUAUGUCGGGAGUCUGUACGUCUGGAAAGGAAACCUUCCAAGGGACCAUCCCAGUGUGAUAAAGCGCCGCUGUGUCAGUGUGCUGCUGGUCGCUGCUCUGUCGCCUGCAGCGGUGAAGACGUGGACGCACUGGGCUGAAGUCAGAGUGGAUGUUUCUGUGUUGGAGCUGAUGGGGGUUCGUAUGAAAGGUUUGCUUCCUGCACUCAUACUGCCGUUACUGCUAACAGUGGUUUUUUAUCUGGGCCCGCUGGUUCAUUCUGCCGUGGACAAUCCGGACGGCUUCACCGGAGAGCUGAACUCAGCACUGGAUGGUGGGUCGUGGAGGUUAUGCGUGAGGGACGCAGUGUGGCUCAGGAACCAGGUGGUGGCGCCACUGACAGAGGAGCUGGUGUUCAGGGGAGCCAUGCUGCCCAUGCUGGUGCCCUGCACUGGACCCACAGCGGCCAUCUUCACAGCUCCACUGCUGUUUGGUGUCGCUCAUUUUCACCACAUCAUAGAGCAAAGGCGUCUCGGCAAGGAUAGCAUGCAGGUCAUCCUCCUGGUAUCAGGAAUGCAGUUCCUUUACACAUCCGUGUUUGGUGCUUUUACUUCCUUCAUAUUCAUGAGAACAGGUCACGUGGCGGGUCCAGUGUUGUGCCACUCCUUCUGUAACAGUCGGGGCCUACCGGACAUCGGCGCUGCCCUGCAACACCCGCAACAUUCGCUUCUGCUUUUCCUGUAUGUCCUGGGCGUAGUGAUGUUCCUGGUGCUGCUCUUCCCGCUGACCGAUCCCUUCUUCUAUGGUGCCAUUCCCGUCUGCAGCCUCGCUCCGCCGUCAGCGUCUGUAUGCUAAGUUACACGAAAUAAAAUACAUUCAUUUUGUGUG